AUGGAGGGGAUGAGGAAUUAUAACGGUUAUCUAUCGGCACCUGAACACGUACGACAGGACGGGACAGGAUCAAAUCUUCCUCCCAUACCCGCAACACCACCACCAACCCCGCUCCCACCGCCGCAAAAAAGGCCCUCCACCACCGCCCAACCUACUUCGUCACACCCCGCUCUCCUUGCCUUUCUGUUCGGCCUUGUGACGGGUCUUGAUUAG